AUAGCCUGCAUUCGGCAGGCACGGGCGCAACAGUUCCUCACACAGCCCAACAAACCCGCCCCGGCGCCACCGUGCCCGACCAGCGAAACCGCCUCCCGCUCUUCCCACCUCCCUCCUCCUCCACCCUCUCUCGGCCUCGUCGCGGCCGCGGACGCCUCCUCCGGCUGCUCGGGUUCUUCCUCCAAGGCCCUCUCCCUCGCCGUCUCCUGUUUCCAGGCGACAGGCGUGAUGGUAGAGGAGAAGAGGGAGAGGGCGGAGGAGGCGUCCGAGAGCCCGCAGAAAUCUCCGCGCCUGGACCCGCUGGCUGCGGCCGUGGCAGGUCCUGGAUGCAGCGACGCGCCUGCGUCUCCGACGGAGUCGAGCGACGAGUGGCCAUCGUCCGGGGAAUCGGAGGCGGGGACAAGCAGCGACAGUACCGGCGAUGGCGGGCGGUGCGAGCACAUACGCUUGGACCGCGAACUCCUGGAUAUGCACGUGUAUUAUCUCACGGAGCAGCGGGCGGUGCUCCGGACGUGCCAUCUUAGUAAGUGCAAGACGACCUGUAAGGGCAACGAAGGGAUGAUGAAGUGCAUAAACUGCUCCAGAUUCUUCUGCUCUGGGUGGCCGGUGAACAGGGAAAGCCCGCAGGAACAUGCCCUCUGGCACGCUGGCGAGAACACGCAUUGGGUUGCUCAGUGGUGCGAUGAACCGAAUUUGGGAUACUGCUUCUUGUGUGCGCGCGGUAUGAGGCUCAGUGACCGGAGCGAAGAUGACUAUGCAGUGGCGGCCAGAAACAAAAAGGAUCAGCAAGGACUGGGGGAUAGCGUUGCAAAGGAUGGCUGGGGAUCGGUGUCUGGCAUUGCAAAGGAUGGGUGCAAGCCGGGGGGCAAGAACCCGCAGAACCCUGAGAACACGCAGAAAUACCCGCACCUGGACCUGCCUGCGUCCAAGGCACCUGUGUUGUUGAGCGAGUCGCCAUCGACGGGGGAAGUGGAGGAGACCAGCGACUGCACAUACGACAUCGGGUCAUGCGAGCACUUGUUCAAGGACAGGGAGGAGCUGGAUGAUAUGGUGCAUGAUAUCAAGACCGCCGAGAAGCCCCCAGAGUGCGAGCAUUUCCUGUGCACGACCACCUGCACCUGGAGGGGAGCUGCUGCUAGGUUUAUGGUGUGCACGGAGUGCACCUCUACUUUCUGCACCGGGGAGAAGGGGGGCAUGGAAAAUCCGCAGGGACACGCCCGCUUGCACGCCACCAGGGACUACCAUUGGGUUGCUCUGUGGUACGAUGAACCGUAUAAGGGCUACUGCUUCGAGUGUGGGCACGUUCUGAAGCUCGGUCAGGACAAGCUGAGCGAUGAUGAGUGGGCAGCUCUGGCCAGAAAUAAAAGGGUUGAGCGGGCAAUGUCGGCCAGCAAUGGAUGGGAUGUGUGGCGAACGGUGCCCGAGAGUUAUGCAAAGGAUUUGUGGGCAAUAGUGACCGGCAAUGAUGCGUCUGGGUAUGCUAAUGGGAAUGGCUGUGUUAUCAGAGGGUUGCCGAAUCUUGGAAACACAUGCUACAUGAAUGCACUGCUUCAGUGCCUCCUUGCACUCGGUGAGCUGAGGACAACGAUUUUAGGACCGGGUGCUCGGCUGGGGAGCAUUGGUCUGCACCUGAAGCAAUUAUUUGUGGAGACAAGCAGCACAAAUGAUGCCAGGCACACGCUGGAUCCAGAGAUGCUAUUGGAAGGUAUGCGGGUGUUUAAUCCACAGUUCAAGGGCUCUUAUAUGCAGGACAGCCAAGAGUUUCUUACAUCUUUGCGCACUGCUUUGGAGGAGGAGACGAAGGACCUAAACAAAUUUCAUGGGGGUGCAGAGUUUCGUCCAAUUGGCAAUUCCAUUUUCGGGGGCUGGCUGCGUCAGACCUUAUACUGCAUAAGUUGCCCAACUAAAUCAGUUUUGGAUCUGCAAUUCGAUGAGCUCCAACUGGCACUGCCAUCAAAGGAUUGUCCAGCCAGAAGUGUUACGUUACCACCAAUGACCAGAAGCGGUGGAUCUCCGACGAAGACUCGUAAGGAACUAUUCCAACAAACCGACAAGACCGAUGGAGAAAAGAUUCAAACAAUUGCUGAAGGCUGUGAUUCUCAGUUUCCUGGUUCAGAAUUUGGAGAUGUGGCCAUGGAGAAAAUACCCAAGCCUUUGCAAGUUGAUUCUACUGAAGUGGAGGAUGUUGCACACGGUCGUUUGCAGACUCAGAAGAAUGAUGUCCCGCGAGAGAUCAUUGAAGUGCCAAUAAAAGCUCUUGAUUUCAUUGCUAACUUGUUUGAUGACACUGAAGAAAUGGAUGAAUCAAUAGUAGAUCCUCACAGUCCAGAAGAUACUGGUCCACCUCCACUUGUUGAUAUAGAAGCCAAGGAGAACACUUACUCAGUAGAACCUACUACAGAAGACAAGGGGAGAGCUCAGAGCAGUGAAAUUACUGAUGAUGAGGCAGUACAUAUGAACUCUGUUGCAUCGCUCGAGGACUGCUUGACACUUCUUUGCUAUUGUCCAAUGGGAUGGAAAUGUGGUAACUGUUCCAAGGUUGUUGAGCUUGGAGAUAAUAAGAUUCAAACAGUUGCUGAAGGCAGCACUUUUCAGAUUCCCAGUUCAGGAUUGGGAGAUGGGGCAAUGGAGAAAACCCCCAGGCCUUUGCAAGUUGAUUCUAGCGAAGUGAAGGAUGUUGUACACGGUCAUAUGCAGACUCAGAAGAAUGAUGUCCCACAAGAGAUCAUUGAGGUGCCAAUAGAAAUUUUGGAUUUCAUUCCUGACUUAUUUGAUGACACUGAAGGAAUGGAGGAAGCAACAACAGAUUCUCGCAAUCCAGAAGAUAAGGAGACGACUUACCCAGUAAAAGUUACUACCAAAGGCAAGGAGGAAGCUCAGAGCAGUGAUAUUGUUCAUGAUGAGGCCGAACAUAUGAACUCUCUUGGGUUGAUUGAGGACUUCCUGGAACUGUUUGCGCGUCGAGUGAAGGAAAGCUGCGAGAACUGUUCCAAGGUUGCUGAACAGAUCAUGGCAAGCACCAAUAUAAAUACAAUUGUUGAUGGAGAUCAGACUGAGCUGUCGGACAGAAAAACAUGCCUAAGUGAGCAAUCUAGUGACUGUAAUAGCUUGUCCGUAGAAUCUCCAAGUAGGCAACCAUAUCGUUCAGAUGUACAUCAUCAAGUUAUACUCUCUGAAAGCAUAACUACUGAAGAAAUCACUUCAGGGACGAGCUGUGGUGAAAAGGACUCUGCCUCUUGCAGCACAGCCAGUGAAAAAGCUGAAACUGAUCAAGGUGUACAAGAAGCUGGGCUUCCAGCUGAUAAACAGACUGACCUGCUCAGUGCCCAGGAUAGUCCGGAUACCAGCACUCAAAAUCAGGGUUGUGCGAAGCAGGCAAUGCUGGAUGAUCAUAUUGCCCAACAAAUGGAGGGAAGCCAAAAUGAGCAGAAAGAUGGUCGCAGUACAGAAGGAAGUAACGCUCAGAUGGAACAAACACAGUUAUUUGUUGAGACCGUUCUUGGUGUGACUAUGUCAAUGCAGUUUGAAUUAAGUAAAUCUUCUCGAGAAUUUGCGGAGGCAGUUGAAAUGAGUACUGUGUUCAAUAAAACAGAACACUACUUGGAGUAUGGUGGCAUGAUUUUAGACUCAAAAACCAAAUUGAAUGAGACGGGCAUUGGAAAGGGCUCAACGGUUCGUAUUCGCACAAGGGUUUUGGGAGGAAUACCGGAUCAACAGACGUUGGUACUGGCCCAAUUUCCUUUUGAAGAUGGAAUCUUAAGAAUGAUACAGAUGCCGGAUAGUGCCAACACUGAGCCAGAACUGACUCCAAUGGGUUCCACCAUUUUCAGAAAUCUGAUUAAGUUAGUAACUGACAGUUUGGAUGCUGGUUUCUAUUGGACAGAAAUGUUGACAUUCCAUGACUUCUCGGUUGAUGAGAAUGGAAGAGUAUAUGCACUGCGCGCACCUGUACCAAUUUCUGAUGUCCUGGUUCCUCUGGAGGCUGACCAUGAUCGCCAUUAUAUGCAUAUUCGGAGCUGUUUUGAAGCCAACCUUGACAAUCUUGCAGAGCACAUUGAGGUGUAUUUCAGGCUUCACGGGAAGUACCCCGCUUAUAUGCAAAAUUUGGUUAGAAAACUGAGGGGAUUCAGGCUGGUUGCUGGCCAAUUAGAGCCAAGCUGUAAGUUGGCGUUGCUUACGCAUUUUGGUGGCCUUCCAUACAUGUGCAGGAUCAAUAUCAUUUUUCAGUUAAAAAUCAUACUUGACUCGUUGGGCUGGGCAGGAAGACUCGCUUUCUUUCGUGCAAUUGAAAGGUGUAAUAUAAACAGUGAGUGGCAAAUUAAUGUUCAAGCCAACUGGGUGACUCAAAUUACCUAUGCCAAGGGCAGUUACGCCGGAGACAAGCUGAGUGCUUUCUUUGUUUCACGCAAUUAUUUCUCGCAUUCUUAUGGAAACGCUUGGAUUAACGGGUACUGUUAUUAUCCAUGCGAUUCUGGACUUGAGAUCCUACUCUUCAAGUGUCUCGGUGACUUCUUAGCAGACUUAAUUGAAGAAUUACUAGAGAUGGGUUUUGAUCUUUUUGACAUGCUCAUGUCAUGCUGUCCUAAGUUGGACUCGUGAUGAUGUCUUGCUCAGGUAACUCCAGCUAUCGCCUAGUCGGUGUCAUUGAGCACUGUGGCCAUGCCUUGAGUAUAGGGCACUACGUUGCUUAUGUGAGGGCAGGUCGCAAGCAGCAGAGCAGUGGUUCUUCCUCAUGGGUUUGCGCAACCGAUCGCGACAUCAAGGAAGUCCCUCUAGAAGAAGUUCUCGGGUGCGAGGCGUACAUGCUUUUCUAUGAGAGGAUGGAUGGCCGAGGCAUAUCUGGGAGCCUACCCACCAACUAACCAGACCAGAUGGGCAACGAGAAAGGAUGCUCAAGUUUGAGAUUAGCAAGCAUGUCAAUUGCCAAGUGUAGAUAGAUACACAGAGUCGUCAUCACGUCCAAUUUUGUUGCAUUGGCUGAUUCAUUGCAAGGACUUUGCAUCGGUUGCAGCAUGUAGAUUGCAGGCCGGAUGGUCUGUUCACACUGUUCAUAAUCAUUUUUCUGUCCAUGAGAAACUUAUUUUUUUGUGAAAAAAAAGAACACUGGAUCUGUUUUGUUAGAACAACAUUAACUCCUUAUCGGAAAAAAGAACAACAUUGACUGUAGGACAGUGGA